AUGGGUAAUCUAUUCUCAUCGAUGUUCUUUAGAUUAUUUGGUAAUAAAGAUGUUCGUAUUCUUAUAUUGGGUUUGGAUAGUGCAGGCAAAACUACUAUAUUAUAUAAAUUACAAUGCGGUGAAGUCUUAACAACUAUACCUACUAUUGGGUUCAACGUCGAGACUGUAUCAUAUAAAAAUAUUAGAUUCCAAGGUUUGUAUAAUAGAGAAAAGAAAGAAAGAGAUAGAAAUGAUAAAGAUGGAUGGAUGGAAGGAUUUUGGGAUUUAGGAGGACAAAGUGCGAUAAGGCCAUAUUGGCGUUGUUACUAUCCAAAUACAAAUGCAAUUAUAUAUGUAGUGGAUAGUAGUGAUCCAGAUAGAUUGGGAAUAGCCAAUGAAGAGUUGGUGGCAAUGUUAUCAGAGGAGGAACUAAAGACGACUCCUCUUUUGGUAUUUGCAAACAAACAAGAUCUACCCGGUGCAUUGACAGAGGCACAGGUAUCAGAAGGCUUAAAACUAAGUCAACUUAAAAAUAGACAAUGGUCGAUCGUAAAGACAUCUGCCAUUAAAGGUGUUGGUUUAUAUGAAGGAUAUAUAUUAAAUAAUAAUAAUCAAAAUAAUAAUAAUAAUAAUAAUAAUAACUAUAGUAUUCACAAUCACCAUUGGUGGUUUAUGUUUUGUAUCAAAGAGAAUGAUAAUGAUACUAAUCAGUUUAUUCCUAUUCUUUUAUUUUUCUUGGAUUUAUUAGCAACACACAAUGAGAUGGAAUGGGAAGGAGUACCCGCACAACCAACAAUACCAAAUGUUAUUGUUAACAUCAACUAA